AUGCCAAAUUAUGUGAGAUUCUUGAAAGAGAUACUCACAAAGAAGAGAAAGCAGGGAGAAUAUGAAACUGUAGCAAUGACUAAGGCAUGCAGCAGUAUCCUCACAAGCAAAAUUCUAGCAAAGAUGAAGGACCCUAGGAGCUUCACCAUACCUAUUUCCAUUGGAGGACAGAAAAUAGGGCUUGCAUUCUGUGAUCUGGGAGCCAGCAUCAACCUUAUGCCCUUAUCCAUUAACAACAAGCUGGGUAUAGGAGAAGCAAGGCCCACAAUAGUAACUUUGCAACUAGCGGAUCGAUUUAUCACCCAUCUAGAGGGAAAAUUUGAAGAUGUUCUGGUACAAGUAGAUAAAUUCAUUUCGCCUGCUGACUUUAUUAUUUUGGAUUAUGAUGUAGAUAAGGAGGUUCCUAUCAUUCUUGGGAGUGAUGGGAAUAAAGAGAUGAUGGCAAAGGAAGAUGCUAUCACUGAGAUAGAGACCCCAGCACCUGGAGAAGAGUAUAAAAAUGUUGAACUGUCACAUGCUCCAGCACAACAUGCAGAAGCUAGUAAGAGCCAACCAAGUGGAGAGAUGGUGGAUCCUCCAGCAUCUUGUGCCAUGAAUCAAGAAACAAAGCCUUACAACCUCGGUGGAUAA